GAAGUGUCCAGUGAAGAUGAAGUGUGGGAGGCGGUGCGGCGAUGGCUGGAUUACGACCGUGCUGAGCGACUGGCGCAGCUGCCCGCGGUGCUGCAGAGUGUCCGUGCUGUCUUCCUGAGCGAGCAGUGUCGACGGCAGUACAACGGGGCCUGGGAUAGUGCGGCGUCGGGAAUGGGCGGUGGGAGUGGGACGACGCUCAACAGCAGUCCGCGGCACGCCUUCGGCACGCAGGAAGUGUUGGUCUGCGUGGAAGACUGGAAGGGGUAUGAGCAGUGCAGUGCGGUGCAGGUGUUCAGCCCGUCCAUCCCGGCCGUGUGGCGCCAGACCGAUCUGCCGCUGCUGGUUGAGAAUGCCAAGGCCGUCGUGCUGGACGAUGGCCGGCUGAUGAUGAUCUGCUGCAUCCACGGCGUGAAGACGGUGCAGCGCGAUCGCCGCUACACCGGUUUAAUGGGUGGACCGCCGGUGCCACUGGCCGACCUGCAGCCCCGGCGUGGUGACGAGGCGGUGGCGCUCCUCAAUGGGCGUGUUUAUGUGGCCGGUGGGCAUGGUUACGCACCUUCAGUGCCAGUAGCGGUACUGUCGUCCGUCGACGCCUACGAUCCGAAGAGCAAUGCGUGGAGUACGCUGGCCCCGCUCCCUAUCGGCCUGAUUGACUUGGUGCUGGUGCCGUAUGACGGGCUGUUGUACGCCUUCGGUGGAGCAACCAUGGACCGACAGGCUAGCCGUGCAGCCUUUGCCUACGAUCCGACCGCUGACGACUGGAGCCGGCUGCCGGACAUGCCCACGGCACGCUCCUAUUGCGCGGCGUGUGUCGCGCCCGACGGGCUGAUCUACGUUGUGGGGGGAGACGCGGAGGACAGGAAGCCCUGCGUGCGCGUAGAGGCCUACGAUCCCAACAGCCGUCAGUGGCUGAGGAAAGGCGAUCUGGUCCAUCCGCGGCGGCAGCCGGCCUGUGCGUGUCUGGACGGGCAGCUGUACCGGUACGUCCUGGGUGGGAACGCGUUUUACAGUGGGCACGGUACGGACGAUAGGAGCGUGGAAGUGUACGAUGCCGCUGCAGACCGCUGGCUGCGGCACGCCUGCCGGCUGUCGGGCGACAUCGUGGGCUGCGGCGCUGUCACGAUGAAACUGAAACCGGCUUGACGCUGCACUACCCGGCGUCGCCGUCAUCCCGGGACGGGAAUGGGAAUGCGAUGAAUGUGAGCGUGAUGCGUGUCGGUGUGGAGCACGGGAGGAAGAAGGGGAUUCAGGAAAUGUACUGCUCCACGCGGUGGAUUCGUUUUUGCGGUGACAUUGCGGUUUGUUUUUUGCGGUGACAUCAUAUCCAUGUUGUGGAAGUUUUCUUAUGGUCUCUGUACUCUGCUCAGAGUUUUAAUGAAUCUGCUUCUUUUUUUUUUAUGAAUCCACGAGAAAUACAAUACAUGUAUGCGGGCAGAUGUUGUCCGAAUGAUCGCCUGUUGGUUAACAGUCGUCAGCAGUGCCUCAA